AGGGAGGGAGAGGGACGGGGGAGUCCUCCACUCCAGCGACCGAACUAGGAAGCAUUCGCUCGGACUGCCAUCCGUAGACAGCCUCCACUCCAUCACAACAAUGAGCACCGCGCCGGGCUCAGGGCGUCACGAGUCGGCCAGCAGAUGAGCAGUGAGCACGGAUUCUGGUAGUCACUCAGCACCACCACCACCACCAUCGUCAUGAAGGAGCUGAAGGGCUGCGGUAUGCGCUCGUCGGUGGGGUUUCUGUCCCGCCGUGGGCUGACGGGGCAGCCGCUGAUGAAGGACGAGUUCCAGCGGCGCAGGCUGGCCGGUUGCACCAGCCUGUACAAGAAGGACAUGCUCGGACACUUCGGCUGCGUCAACGCCAUCGAGUUCUCCAACAACGGCGGCGAGUGGCUGGUGUCCGGUGGAGACGACCGCCGGGUACUCCUGUGGCACAUGGAAGAAGCCCUCCACGCUCGCGCCAAACCACUCAAGUUGAAGGGAGAACAUCUGUCCAACAUCUUCUGCCUUGCUUUUGACAGCAGCAACAAGAAGGUCUUCUCUGGAGGAAACGACGAGCAGGUGAUUCUUCACGACGUGGAGAGGCGGGAGACUCUCAAUGUAUUCCUGCACAUCGACGCCGUGUACAGCCUCUCGGUCAGCCCGGUAAAUGACAACAUCUUCGCCAGCUCAUCGGACGACGGCCGCGUCCUCAUCUGGGACACCCGAGAGCCUCCGCAUGGAGAACCGUUCUGUCUGGCCAAUUACCCGUCGGCCUUUCACAGUGUGAUGUUCAACCCGGUGGAGCCCCGACUGCUGGCCACCGCCAACUCCAAGGAAGGGGUCGGGCUGUGGGACAUUCGCAAGCCGCGCAGCACGCUGCUGCGUUACGGCGGCAGCAUGUCGCUGCAGAGCGCCAUGAGCGUGCGCUUCAACAGCACGGGCACGCAGCUGCUAGCGCUGCGCCGCCGCCUGCCGCCCGUCCUCUACGAGCUACACUCGCGCCUGCCCAGUUUCCAGUUUGACAACCAGGGCUACUUCAACUCCUGCACCAUGAAAAGCUGCUGCUUCGCCGGCGACCGUGAUCAGUACAUCCUGUCCGGCUCAGAUGACUUUAACCUCUACAUGUGGAAAAUUCCCAAGGACCCUGAAACGGCAGGUCGCGUGGUGAAUGGAGCGUUCAUGAUUCUCAAGGGCCACCGCUCCAUCGUCAACCAGGUCCGCUUCAACCCGCACACGUACAUGAUCUGCUCGUCCGGUGUGGAAAAAGUCAUCAAGGUGUGGAGUCCUUACCAGCAGCCCGACAGCCUGGGCGAUUUGGACGGGUGCGUGGAGGACAAGUGCCGCAGCCUGUACACGCACGAGGAGUACAUCAGCCUGGUGCUGAACAGCGGCAGCGGCCUGUCGCACGACUACGUGAGCCAAUCCAUCCAGGAGGACCCGCGCAUGAUGGCCUUCUUCGAUUCCCUGGUGCGUCGCGAGAUCGAGGGCUGGAGCUCCGACUCGGACUCGGACCUGAGCGAGGACGCCAUCAUGCAGCUGCACGCCCGUGGCCGGCGCGCUACCCGUGCUACCACGGCGGCGGCGGCGGCUGCGGCGGUGGUGGCCGCUGAAGGUGCGGCUGGAGCCGUAGUUGUAGCAGAUGACUCUGAUAAUUCCAGCUCAGGAGGGGACGGCGAGGGGCGCGCCACGAGACGGAGCAGCCGGCCGCCGUCGGGCUUCCUGGCAAACGACGACUCGGACUCCAGCGAGUUCUGGCUGGACCCGAUGCCGCGCCCUCGCUCGCCGAGCCCACGCGACUACGCCACCCUGUCCAUCCCCUCGUCCACCUCCCCCUCUCUCCCCGCCGGCGCCUCCAGUUCCUCGGCCAGCGCCUCCAGCUCCAGCAGCGACGACGAGGAGCGACGCAGCGCUGUGCGACAGCGCAACGUGUCAAGGCGGCGACGCAUGCGCGUGGUGUCGCGCGCCGGCGAGCGGGCCGACGUCGACUCCGCCGGGCAGGCCCUGUUCUCCGCUGUCGACUCAUGCAGCUACCCGUCUAUCUCCGUCCACGACUUGACGUCAUCGGAGGGAGAGGAGUCUGAACGCGAUGCCGGGAAACGUCUCAGCCUGUCGGAUUUGGUGUGCGGCAGCCCGGUGAUGUCGCUCGAAAGUCAGGAGGACGGGAGCCAGUCGGCGACGGGACGUCACGGCAGGACUGAGACCAUCUCGGAUGACGGGGAGGCGGGAGUGAACGGACGCCACAGAGAAGCCGCCACUGUCGGACUGCCGGGGGACGAGGCCGGCGUUACGGAGGCGGCGGCGGACACGAGGCCGGGAGAAAGGCUAAAAGUCCCCACGCAGAAGCGGACUCACGUGGGAUCAGAAGAGGGUGAGUGCGGCUCCUCAGAGAAGAAGCUCAAAACAUAGUCUCCGCUUUUGAUUUCAGUUGGGUUUUCAUUAGUUUAGAGGUCAUGUGAGUUAAAAAAAAAAAAAAAAAAAAAGUCAGGAAGGGAAGUCGUUGAUUUUGAAGUGGAACACAUUGGCUGUUUGCGGAAUGAUUCACUCAUUCCCGAAUCACUACACCUAUUUUUAAAGGUUUAUGCUCAUGCCGAAGCAAUAAAAGUAUUACUUUCACGCAAACUUGUGGCAUGUUGGUGCCAAGGAACUAUGUUGACAGUUGAGGAGUUUGCUUUCAACAAAAGAAGUGCUUUUGCGCCAUCUUGUCACAUCUAUAGGUAAUAGUAAGUCUUUUUAAAGUCUUUUAACUGUUGUGCAAUUAACUAUAAAUGCCAUAAGAUGGCGGCAAAAGACUCCUUUUGUCAAAAUGAAGCUCCUCAACUCAUUUUAGCACCGAGAUGCCUACAGAAGGCAGCAAUUAAACACAUAUUUUGGUUAAUCCGUGAGUAAUUGAUGCCCCUUUUUUUUACUGGCACAAAAUGGUGACAAGCGACUACUUUUGUGAAAAUGAAGCUCCUCAACUCACUUAAGCACUGAGAUGCCACCAAAAAGUGGCAAUUGUGUGGAUUUUCCCUAAUCUUUGAGUUACCGAUGCCCGCCCCCAAAUGUUUUAUUGUACUGCAGUUGUCUAUAAAUGCCACAAGAUGGCGGCAAAGGACUCGUGAUUAAAUGAAGCUCCUCAACUCACUUCAGCGCUGAGAGAUACCACCAGAUGGCGCCUAAGCAACACUGUUAUUGUUUGCACUAAAGGUCUCGUACAAAUCCCUAUAUAAGUGAUAAGGUAGUAGGGAAUGAGUGAAUGAUUCCAAACACACCCAUUUUGUUAUCAGUACCAUUGUUUUUAUCGCUUUGGUGGUCAUGUGAUGAAAAACAAAAAAGACAGGAAGUGAAGUCAUUGAUUUGGACAUGGCGCACAAAGUGACUCACCAUUUUCUUUCAAGUGUUUGACGUCGAGCGUACGUGUUCUGUUUGGACGUUUUUUUUUUUAUC